GUGCGCGCGCCGCCGCUUUCGUCAUUCGGCCGCGCCCAGGUUCUCCUCUGCUGCGCCCCUUGGCCCCCUGUGGCGGCGGUGGGUGCCGGAGGUCGUCCGGGGCAAGUUCCUCUCGGCAUUUCCCCAUGGAGGAAGCGGCGUGCACGGCUGCAGCCCCGGAUGCUCGCACCUCCUACGGGACAGCAACGAAGGCUGUGGCCGCGCGAGCUCAGGACAGAGUGACCCGGGCGGCCUGUGUGGGGGUGUGAACGGAGGUGACCGGGGCCGGAUAGGAAAAGGGAAGCUGCGCGGCGGGCCUGCCAAUUUUCUUCCUUUCAGGUUUGAAGACUGUGUCAUCCUGCCUCCAGCACCAGCAGUUUCUCAUUCUUGAUCAAUGUGAUUCACAGUAAUUUCUUAAGUAACAAACGAAAUGAGCCAGGGGCGUGGAAAGUAUGACUUUUAUAUUGGUCUAGGACUGGCUAUGAGCUCCAGCAUUUUCAUUGGAGGGAGUUUCAUCUUGAAAAAAAAAGGCCUUCUGCGACUUGCCAGAAAAGGCUCCAUGAGAGCAGGUCAAGGAGGCCAUGCAUAUCUUAAAGAAUGGUUGUGGUGGGCUGGACUGCUUUCAAUGGGAGCUGGCGAGGUGGCCAACUUUGCUGCGUAUGCCUUUGCACCAGCCACCCUAGUGACUCCACUGGGAGCACUCAGUGUCCUGGUAAGUGCCAUUCUUUCUUCAUACUUUCUAAAUGAAAGACUUAAUCUUCAUGGGAAAAUUGGAUGUUUGCUAAGUAUACUGGGAUCUACAGUUAUGGUUAUUCAUGCUCCAAAAGAAGAGGAGAUUGAGACUUUAAAUGAAAUGUCUCACAAGCUAGGGGAUCCAGGUUUUGUGGUCUUUGCAACCCUUGUGGUCAUUGUGUCCUUGAUACUAAUCUUUGUGGUAGGACCUCGCCAUGGACAGACAAACAUUCUUGUGUAUAUCGCAAUCUGCUCUGUAAUUGGAGCAUUUUCAGUGUCCUGUGUUAAGGGCCUGGGCAUUGCUAUUAAAGAGCUGUUUGCUGGAAAGCCUGUGCUACAACAUCCCCUGGCCUGGAUUCUGCUGCUGAGCCUUAUAGUCUGUGUGAGCACACAGAUCAAUUACCUGAACAGGGCCCUGGACAUAUUCAACACUUCCAUCGUGACUCCAAUAUAUUAUGUAUUCUUUACGACAUCAGUUUUAACUUGUUCAGCUAUUCUUUUUAAGGAGUGGCAAGAUAUGCCUGUUGACGAUGUCAUUGGAACUCUGAGUGGCUUUUUUACAAUCAUUGUGGGAAUAUUCUUGUUGCAUGCCUUUAAAGACGUCAGCUUUAGUCUCUCAAGUCUGCCUGUGUCUUUCCGGAAAGACGAGAAAGCGAUGAAUGGCAAUCUCUCUAGUAUGUAUGAAGUUCUUAAUAAUAAUGAAGAGAGCUUAACCUGUGGAAUCGAACAACACACUGCUGAAAAUGUCUCCCGAAGAAAUGGAAAUCUGACAGCUUUUCAAUAAGAAAGAUAUAAUUAAAAAUUAACCUUUGUGUUAUAAAAUGAA